UUACGUUUGCCAACACUUGUCAUCUGACAAAAAACGCGAUAUCAGCACUUUUAAAUUUAAUCUAUAUUUGAGAUAAAUAAUUUCAAAAUGGACAAUAUGAACCCAAAUGAUAUGGUACUUUGUCCAUACAACAAAGCACACAAAAUGUUGCGCAAAAAACUUCAGCAGCACCUAAUUAAAUGCAGAGUUUAUUAUAAAGAUGAAAUAGAACUGCUCGUGUGUCCAUUUAAUAAAGCCCAUUUAAUACCCGAACCGGAAUAUGUCCAACAUACAAAAUCGUGUAUCGAUCGCAGAAUCAUUGCCCAUUAUCAGCACAGCGCUCCCGCCGAAUUGAACGAAGAAACGAGACACGCAAAAAUUGAGUCUGAAGAGAAUUGGGACGACGAGGAUGCACCCGACUACAAUCCGGAGGUUUAUGUUGCAACCGCAAACGUUGUACGUGAAGCAAAGGGAUUAUUCCCUUCCCAGCGCAAGGCAUUCGCCAAAGAGGAGCGUAAACGUCUGUUGAACGAAGGAAGCGAUGAUGAUCGUGAUCAUGAUCAUGAUCAAGUGAAGAAAGUACCAGCUAAAAGCACGACCUCGAGGAUUUCCUCCUCCUCUAGCUCAACAUCACAUCGUGCGACUCCAUAUAAUGUAGCAAAUCGGCGCCGCUGAGUGCUUUAUAAUAUUUAUGUAACCACCAAAGCAUUUUAAAUAUAUGUAAAUAAGUAUCUUACAAGUUUAUAUACAUUUUUAAUGCACUUUGACACUAGAAAUCAUUUUGCAAAUUCAUCUGAUUUCUAUAAACAAGUGCAAUGUAAUCAUCACCUAAUAAAAACCAAAAAUAAGCUUUGAAGAAACU